AUGACGCUUCCACCAUGCUUUCAAGCGGAAUUUGUCGAUUCGGCCAAGCUGAUCAGGCCCAUCCCCCCAUCUCCGACGCCCAUCACCAAGGCGUACGAUGACGUCAUCCGGUUCAUCCAGCAGGGCAAGAUCAAGGAGGCGAAGACCAUAGUGCGGACGCAGCACUGGCCCAUCGACCACGUGAACCGGGGCGACUUGUGGCGCAAGCUGUGCCAAGGCCACGUCAAGAUGGGGAUUCCCGAGGGCUUCUACGAGAGCACGGUCAAGGAGUCCCUGGACGGCCUGUGGCCCAUCAGCAUGCCGGCCUUCACGGACCCCAUCUUCGGCGAGGACUACAUGCUCUCCGCCGAAGGGCAGCGGCGCGCCGAGCGGGUGCUGUACGUGGUGUCCGUCAACUACCCUUUCAUCACCUACUGCCCCAUCCUGCACCCGGUCGUCUGCCUGCUCCUGCACUACCUCACCGAGGAGCAGACGUACGAGUGCGCCUGCGCCCUCAUCGAGGGCACCGUAGUGCGCCACCUGAGCCAAACGCGGCUCAUGUACGACACGUCGGCCCACACGCUCAUGAAGCUGACCAAGAACCUAGCGAAGAAGACGUACAACAAGCUACUGCGCAAGGUACAGCGGGAGGAAGACCUGGAGAAGAUAUUUCUGACGUGGCAGCUAUGGAUCUUCCGCGGGCUGCCCUUCUACCACCUGGUGCGGACCAUGGACUGCUUCCUAAUCGAGGGAGUGAGGGCGCUCUACCGCGCCGCCAUGGCCAUACUCAUCCUGUUCGUCCACGACCACUCGAAAGAAUAUCCCAACGAGUCGAUGUUCACCAGAAUUUUCGGACCCUCCGGCGAAGGCGGGAUGGAUGCGGCCGGUGCCUUCUUGGACCGGGUCGUAUUGUACCUCAGGGACAUGCCGUACAAUGUGGACUUUUUCCUCAAGACUGCCUACGGCAUACAGGGCGUCAGCGCGAAGGUGCUCAACGAUCAGCUGCUCAAGUCCGAGGCGUACGUGCGGGGACACGCGGGCAAACGACUGGUGGGCUCGCCGUCCUCGGACUCCGGCAUCAUGAGCGACCGUCUAGAGAUCACCUCGUCUGUACUACGCAUCAAGAAGAGCCGAUACAGCGCUCCGUGCACCAUGGCGACCGGCAUAGCCCAGCUUUCCAACUUCCACUCGGAGAUUCUCAGCCACGAACAGAUGUGCGUCCUGUGGAACUGGCUGCCGCCGCGCAUCACGACGCUCCAGCCCGAGCUCAUCUACUCGACCAACGAGCACGGCAGCAGCCUGACCAACUUCUACGUACACACGGACACCUGGGAGCCCACGGUGCUGGUGCUGCUGACGACGCGGGGCGAGCGCUUCGGCGCCUACUGCUCCACCCGGUGGAUGGAGCGCAAGCAGGCCUACUUCGGCACCGGAGAAACGUUCCUCUUCACGUUCGCGCCGCAGGCCAAGCGCUUCGCCUGGAUCGGCGUGGGCGCGGCGCGCGACGUGCCGCACUCGGCCAAGCUGUUCAUGUCCGCCAACCAGACCAUGAUCCUCGUCGGCGGAGGGAACGGCAUGGGCCUGUACAUCGACCAGUCGCUGGAGAAAGGCCGCACCGAGCACUGCGACACGUUCGACAACCCGCCGCUAGGGGCCAGCAACGACUUCGUCGUCAACAUCUUGGAGGUCAUCGGCUUCGCCUGACUUUUUCGUCCGCUGGCCUAUAGCUGGCCGCGAAAAACAAUUUGUGAACGAUUCGCGACAAUUUGUGAACAAUUAGCGACUCGUCGUCAAUCGCUGCAGCCAGUGGGCGACGACUUGCGGCGUCUAACACGAUUAAUGGACCGUUAGAUUGCCCGAACGGCCGUUCUUGCCGUGUUCACACGUGCGACAUUGUUGUUUCUUUUUCCUUUUUUUUUUUCCUUCACGGUGUGACUUUGUGCUGCCGGUGCCAAAACCGCGAAUUGACGUUGGCAGUGUCCCGGCUUGUACGCUGCCCCGCGAAGAUAACGUUGAUUAUAUGUGUUUUAUUUGGUUUAGGUAGUAAUCUACAAAUUUGUGUGUAGGUCUGUGUUUGGUAUGUGCACGUUAGCGAGCCCCGGAUGAAUUGAGUGCAAGUAACACUUCCGGGGAACACGUGGCACCGACCACGUGGCGAUGUCGUCCGCGUGUCACAUUUGUACUUAACGUUUUUGCAUUCUUAUACACGAAUAGUUUCGUAUCAUGGCAGAAAGACCACAUCUAAAAAGCACGUCCUACUAGGUUUUGAUUGAGUAGCAUGCGAUGUGUCGGGUAUUCAAGCGGGUAAUUGCGCAUGCCCCAAUUGUUAAGGGGGCGGAUGUGUCUUUCGGUGAUGGCGUUGCCAGCUCCGGACGCUAUCUUCCGGGACUACGAGAAUUUAGGUUUGUGUAAACUUCAUAGAUGUUCACUUUUAUGAACACUACGGCUCAGAGCGGAGUGCCGCCAAGAAUCAUUGCCGAGCGUCGACCAAUGUUCAGCUGCACUCACUCCUCCCCUCCCUCCAAACAUCGUCCCUCGCAUUUUCGAAUUGAAUUCGUGGAAUGUUUUACGUGUAGUUUUGUGGUAAUCCCUAUUGCUUUACGCAAAGUCGUCGAUCGAGAAAUAAUAACAUUCAGGUGCGCUGAUCGACGUUGCGCAUAUAACUUGAUUGUUUUUUUUUUUUUUUUUUUUUGCACAAGGGUCGCUUAUUUAUGUGUUCCUGCUGUGUAGUUCUCGUGCGUCAGUUGUACCUGAGACCGAGUAAUAAAUCG